AUGGACGAAAACUCAACAGAACCAACGACCUUAAGAAAGAGGAUAGAGAGAAUGAAUUGGGAACGUAUUAAGGAGGAUGAGCUGGAACAUGAUUUCGAUUCAUUGGAAGAAAGUGAUGAAGAAGAAGCGUUGGAAAAAGAAAAGUAUUCCUUCUCUCACUCCAAGUGUGUUGAAGAAUCCGUCCGAGUUGAAGACAGUGUGGAUGUAUUUGCAACCACAAAUCAAUUGGAGAAAUAUCUGAUCAAGUUUAAAAAAAACCCGGCUUUCCAAUUUAAACGCGAUAAAGAUUUUCAUUUCGUUAAAGAACAGCUUCAAUGCAAUGCAAGAACCAUCGUUAAGGAGGAGUUCAAAUCCAUUGAAGAGACUGUCAUGACCAAUCAAAACCCAUUUGCUUUUAUCAAGGAAAAUAUUCUCUUUCUUGGACAUGAAGAUAAGAAGAACAAAAUGUGGGAAUAUACCUAUCAAGUUGUAAUAUCAUAUUUCUUUCAACUACUCUUCUACAGAUCUAAGAAUUUCAAGACUGGAAGCCAAGAACUGCAUGAACUUAAAGAAAUGAUCAACUCUCUGAAGAACAUUGAUUCUCAAACUACAACACAGCAAGCCAAAAAACUAAAGAAGAGCAAAACUGCUCAACCCGAUUUUUUUUCAACUUUCAAUAUUGAUGGAGAGUCCAGGUAUUGGCUGGUUUCCUUUGUUGUAGAGCUUCAAAGAAAAGGUUUGAAACCAAAGCAAGACCAUAAGGAUACAUUUAAGAGCUGUUUAUGGUUAAAAAGUGGAAUUCGUCAAUGGCUCAAUUAUUUAACAACUGAAAAGAAGCUCAGCGUUGAAAAUUGCAAAAAGAUCCGAGUGUUUGGAGCUUUGGUUGAUAAGUUUAGAAUAUGUUUUUUAGAAGGAAGAGCACGACCUUGUCCAGAUUUUAGAUUUAGCCAGGACGACGAUUUGGCUGUAGCUGCUCAAUAUUUGGCUGAUAUUCAAAGAUUUUACUCCCAACUGUCUUUUACUGAGUGCUUGAGUGAUUUAUUUGCUCCAGAAACGAAUUAUACCAAAGAUCUUUGUCAAAGAAUUCCAAAAUGUGAAAUUUCCAACAAUUAUGAUACCAAAGACAUCCUCAAUAAUCCCUUUUCGUCAUUGGCUCAGGCCAGUUCUUUCAUUGAGUCACUGUACAACGCUUUUACAUUGGGAAAAGAAACGUUUGUUCCAAAUCCCUACCAGUGCAUGAUAAUUUGGUUUUGUGCUAAAAGUGAAAUUCCAAAAAUUACUGGUGCUGAUCAUUUUUGUAAUGGUGUGUUUGCAGCAUUUGGGAUUAGAAAUGAAUUGCAACCCUUAAAGUUUUACACUAUCACACCCAACGGCUUGUCUUGGGAAUACAUUUUGCAUCACAGUCCCAGAAGUGAGAAUCGCCAACAGGAUGCUCUUAUGAAUAUUUUAAAGCUUGUUGGUGUUCAAAGAUGCUCCAACGAGUUUAAUAUUUCAUCACAUGAUGGAAUUACUUUUUGUACUCUCGCCUGGUGUAAGGAAUUAAGUCAGGAAGUAUUUGUGAAGAUUACCUCUCGAAAGGAGAAUGUAGAGGUGAUGAAUAAGGUGAAAUCUCUUGAACAUGAAGGAAUAUGUAAGAUUUACAGAUAUGAAGUGGUUGAUUCUUUUUACAGUGCUCGGCUUUUUAUCACCAAUUUUUACACACUUCUUGAAAUGGAUGAGAGCAAGAUUAAUGUUUGCGAACUUUAUGUCACAAUUCAAGAGAAGCUUGUUCCAAUAUCAGAAUCAAAGUUAGAUUUUUCAAGUAUGCUCGAGCAAACUUUGGACGUUGUCGAGUUUCUUCACUCCAACAAUAUUGUUCAUUCUGAUCUUUCAUUGAACAAUUUCAUGAUUAGACCUGCAAAACAUGGAAACCCGAAAUCAAGGAUUGUAUUGAUUGAUUUUAAUAAUAGUUUUUUAAAGAAGGAGUGUGGAUGUAUACUCUACACUGGUACAGAAUUACAACUUUUUAAAUUUCCAUACACUCAUCCAAGAAAGGAGUGGAGAGGAAGUGUUUUACGUGAUACUUAUGCCUUGGGUAUUGUCGUUGCAGAAAUGCUAAAGAUAUUCCAUUUCAAGGAAAAGAGAUUUCGAUUCUAUAGCUCAUCUUUGGAAGAAGCAAGAAUUCAAGUACUUGAUUAUUUAAAAAAAGUCAAGGAUCAAAACAGAAACUUUGAAUCCAUGUUUAAGUUCGUUGAUACGCUUCUGAACAUUAAGGAAAAGCUCUCCUCCUUGCAUGAGGCCAGAAAAUUAUUAACAGAGAGAAUUCUUCAACCAUUAGACUUGAAUUGA